AUGAAAGAGAAAGGAUUCAAUCAAGACUACAACAAAUUAGAAAAUUAUUAUUUUGAACGCCUCACAGAAGUUAUUCAGAAUAUUACUUCAAUGUCACAAAGCAUGACACCUGUGGUGCGGCAGAAUGUAUUUGAGAAUGGAUUCCGAAGCAAUGAAAAUGCUGUCAUCAUACAAGUUCACAAUAAUUCCGACUGGGAAGCUGUCACCAAGUCAAACACAUCAUCUGGAUACAGAGUGAUCAAUUCAGCGUGUUGGUCGAAAGUUGUUAGGAAUUUCGAUGAUGCAUGGAAGACGCUAAACGAUUGUGAUCCUGCUGCAUUUGGAGGUAGUGAAGAAGAAGCUCAAUUGGUUAUUGGUGGUGAAGUCAUCAUGUGGGGAGCAUAUGCGGAUGACACAAAUCUCUUUCUACGAUCAUGGUAAACAAUUAACUAUACAUAUGUAUUCAAUGUGCCAGACGGGUGUUUUCAUCUCUAAUGUGCAUCAAUCAUUCAAGAUUGAAUGAACAUUGAAUUUUCUAUUAAUUUGGCGUCAGAACUCAACAUAAUUGGUUCAUGAAAUGUCAAAUUCCUUUAGAUUG